AUGGGUUGGUUUAGUGGCCCAUCAUCAUCCUCGGUCUCAUCGAAUGCAAAUGGCUAUGUCCGUCGCCGCGCGAGCUCUCCGCACCACAAACCAAGCUACUCAACCUAUCACCGAGGACACUCCGCACCAUCCAUCUUUAGCCUAGGUCGUGGAGGAGGUGGAGGAGGACGCUCCAGUCCCUCCGUAUUCUCAUCCUUCUCCUCAUCAUCACGUCGGGCCCGACCCCGCGACGGAUUCAUACAACGUCUCAUCCGCUCCAUCAAGAAGCUAUUCCGUGAUAUCUACCGCUACGCCAAAAACCACCCUAUGAAGGUGUUUAUGCUCGUCAUCCUCCCACUACUUACAAGCGGUAUUCUACCUAAGUUGUUAGCUAUGAUUGGUGUCCGAAUUCCCGGUGGAGUUCUGAGUGCCCUUGGUGGCUCCUCACAUGGGGCACGAGGAAUUGGGGGAAUGGAGAACAAGGGACUCUCGGAUAGCGUCAACUCGCUGGUUAGCUUGGCUAAGGCAUUCUCCUAA